UGCAACCGGCUCCGGUUACGUACGGUUCACUCCGGCUUCCAAUUGAUUUUGUUCUUUCGUGGUGUCAAGUACCUUUUCUCUCUCAAGAAAAUUUCAAAGAAAGUGUCUCAGUUUUUUCAAGUGUUUUUUCCUCUUUAAGAAAAACUCCAAAGUUUGAUUCCAAGCAGAUCAAGAACCCAGAGCAACAAUGGCUUAUCGAAAUAAUAACCGUCGCAAUGGAGGUGGUGGCAAUUUCGGCAACAACUACGGUGCGGGCCGAAUCAAUCCUUGGGACACGGGUGUGGGCGGGGGCCGUGGCAAUAAUGACGCCCUCACGUUAGCUAACAGUCUGAUCAAUAAUUUACUCCGCAAUCAAAACACUAACCAGGUGCCGCCGUCGCUCCUGGACGGCGUCCAAUCGUCCCGAUUCGACGAUAUGAAUGGAUUCAACUUCAUACGGAAUCGGUACGGCAAUAACCGUAAGAAUAACGGCCCCCAUAAAGGUGGCAUUCGUAAACCGGAUGCAUUCACCCGUUCCAAGAAUGUUCUGGCCAAAAAUUCCCAUAAUAAAAACAAAAACGAUAAAGAUUCGAGCAAGAAAGAGAGCAACAAGCAGCAGGGAGCAAAUAAGAAAGGCAACUCAAGCAAUGCUGGAAACAACAAGCAGUCGAAGACAUCACCGUACGCCGACGUCUCGAAUGAGUACCUGUAUUGUCACAUGUGCGACAAGCACAUGUACGAUGCGACCUCCUUCGAGAAUCACAUCACCGGUCGUACCCAUCGGGUAAUGAAGGAAAGCAUCGAGGAGAGCUACCGCAUGCGGGCCACUCUGCUCCGCCAGGAAGCUCGUAUUGCCGAGCAGCUGAAGACGAUCGAGAUCGAUCGGCUGAAGCGUAUGGGCAAGGCCAAGAACUACUCCAAGAUGCGCGAGUACUGUCCGAUGUGCGAACUGUUCUUCUACGGGCACAUCAUUGCCCAUCGUCGGUCCGACAAGCAUCUGGAUCUGAAGAAAUUCUUGCACCCGAAGUGUGAUGAAUGCGAGCUGGAGUUCCACAACCGCACCGAGUAUGAUGACCAUUUGCUGUCUGUGGUUCACAUGAAGAAUUGUAAGACAAAGCCAAGCAAACUUGACAUCGAGAAGAAAGCAAAACAAUUGGUUAUCUCCACUGCUAAUGAUGAAUUGCUAGACAUUCGUGAAGAAACGGCCCCGAAGAAUAAGAAGAAGGAGAAAGAUGCUGCCUCUUCGGCAGCGAAAAAAACCGAACAAACCAAACCCUCGGCCACUGUGACCGAGCCCGCUGAGAAUGGCGAAGAUGCCAAGCCGGACUCGGAAACAGCAGCCGAGAAGCCCAGCACGGAAGAGGGAGCUGCUGCGGCUGAAUCCAAGGUCGACGAGGAAGUCCCAGAGGACGAACUCGUCAAGGAUGAAGAAAGCGAGGAUUGUAUACUUGACUACAAGGUUGGUGAUGAAAUCGCUCCGGAAAUCGACACCAAGCUGCCACGGUACAAGAAGAACCGUGCGCUCGGUGUGAGCCUGAUUGGCAAGCUCGAGUGCCACGAGUGCCGCAUCUGUUUCAAGUACUUCGAUAACGAAGCCACCGGUGAAAUUCACGCACGUACGCAUUCUCACUACCGUGCGUUUAUUCGCUUCCUGAACGAGAAGGCCCAAGAGGUGCGUAUCGCUCAGAAGCGUGCCGCCGUCGCAUUGGAGGAGGCUGAAACCGCCAAGAAGCAGAAGCUGGCUGCCGAGGAGAAGAAAUCGGAGAACGGCGAUGCUGAAAAGAAGGACUCCGAGCUGUACGACCCAUCGGAGGCUACGGGUGAAGAAUCCGCUGAUGCCAGCAUGGCCGACGAUAGCAAGAGCGAGGAGGCUAACGGUAACAGUGAAUCUCAGGCGGAGCCGAUGGAGACGGAGAACGCCGAAGCGAAUAAGGGCGACGGGUCCGCUGCUGCGGACGACAAAUCCACCGCCUCUUCCGGUGAGACAAGCAAGGCUGACGAUGCCUCCAAGGAGGAAGACAAACCGGAGAAGGAGGAACAGAAGACACCCGCCAAGAGCCGACGGGGACGCGCUGGACGUUCCGGACGCUAUGGCGGACGCUACUAAAAACAUAAAAAAAAAGUUUAAACUCAGAUUCAUCACAAUUUUCAGCUUUUGAAAACUGAUCUAAAGGAAAGCUUGUUUGUGCAGAAUCAACAGUUUUCAGACAAGUUUUAACUACUGCAACUGAUAUAACACAAAUCCACAAGACACUUUCAAAUAUUCUUCUACUUUUUAUUCUAUCAAACUCUACUAUUUCAUGAUAAAGAUCGUAAUGAUGCAAGACAAAUACAGCAAGUGAACCUUUUUAUUGAUUUUAUCAGUCUACAUCGAUUGUGUUUCUUUGUGUUUCAUUUAUAUUUUUAUCAAUUUUUGUAUAGAUAGGGUGAAGCACCCAAAAUGCGUACUACCUAUUGUCCGCAAUAUGUUUAACAUAAUUUCAUUAACAAGCUGUAACGCAAAGUAUGGAGGAAAUGAUUAUGCAUAAAUAAAUAUAGAAAUCCAAGGAAAAAUGUUCGUUAAAAAUCUGCAAAAAAUAAUCACCACAUUCAGAAAAAAAAACAAUAUUUCUAGUAAAUGUGCACUCGAAUGCUUCUGUGUCGUAUAGGCUUUCUACUAACAAGCGCGCACGCACAACAGAAAAGGUUCGUGCAAAAAUUUAAUGCAAAUGAAGCAAAUGAUUCAAUAUGUCCUCGAUACCCCAGGAAGACGGGUGCACAUUCUUACGUAUUUAUUAGUAUUUUAUGGGUAAUUGUGUACACUGUCUACGCUGAUCUGCCAGCUAGACACAAAGCAAACAUAUUUAAUGAAACAUGAAGUAUAAUAUAUUCUCUGAAAUGUAAGCAAAACAAAACAAGUUUAAAACUAAAUCACUAAAUUCUCGGUAUCGUUAAGUAAUCUACCUAAAAUAACAAAAAAAAAAACAAGAAACAUGUAAUUGUAUUUCACCAAAAAAUGUAGUAGCAUUGUUGUGAGGAGAGUUGAAACCUCUGCAGUAAAAAAAAUUGCUUCUCUUUGUGUAGUUACAGCAAAACCACUUAAAAAUAUUGUGCAUCAAAUCUAAUGAGUUUCCUCUGCAAAGUUCUAACAGGCAUGAAUUAAUUUUGUAUCUUUGGAUAAA